AUGUCACGACGGGCUCAACCCAUACAUUCACAUUCGACGCCUUCCUCCUCCUCCGUCCCACCUCGCCCGUCGUCCCCUCCUCGAUCGUUGUCCUUCUCGUCGUACCCGCACGCUCACCCACAUGCUUCAACUUCCACCCUCCCCCCACCGACGCCCACCACAGCAGGAAGCCAACACCCAUCCCGUACACGACGAAACUCCCUCCUACCCUCCAACACGACGACCUCAGCUUCCGUAGCUGACCUCUCCACAAGCUACACCUCGCACAACCUCAGUCACGAGCAAUUGCAAGGCUUGAAGCGACAACGGCAUUGGAGUACAUUGUCCCUCAGUCCGAGAAGACAGGGACAAGGCACCAGUGACGCGGGCACGAGUGUUAGCAAACCUACGGCCAAGGCCAGGACGAGGUAUGUGAGGGGGUCGAAUUUGGCCGCGCCGAACGGGGAGACGAGUUAUGCUGGUCGGGAGCAUGGCCAGGACGACGGAGAGGGGCAAGGGGGAGGGGAUCGCGAACGCGAACGUUGGACCAGGGUCGACCGAAUGAGGAAUUGGCGCAACGAUGCCAUGACCCAACAUCUCUAUUCGACCGCAGAGUUUUGGGGCGCAAAGAUCUUGGCCAUCACUGGUGAGUGUCAUCCCGGCUCGAGGGAGGAACUGACCUCGGAGGCGAGCGAGUCCGUCCUAACUUUUUCUGCUUCUUCCACAGCCAAUCCUGACGACGCCUUCUGGCUCGCUCAAACGCAUUUCCUGACCCAUCAAUACGCACAAGCCGAACGCAUACUCACCUCCAUCCGACCCGGCUCUCCAUCGGCGAGAUUGACCGAUACCUCGUUGGCUUGUCGGUACCUCGCUGCUCAAUGCCAAGUCCGGUUGGGCAAAUGGGACGACGCGUUGGAGAUGGUCGGGUGGAACGGGUCGAAUUUCAUCUUGGAUGGAUUGGAUGACGAUGUGGAACAGGAGGAAGAAGGAAAUGACACGAGUGCAGGGGCUGCGGAUAAUGGGAUCAAGGUGGGUUUUCACCACGGGCCCAUUCUCGUCUUGAUCGACGCUGAUAAUGCCACUUAGGGUAUUCAUAGCUCACCGCAUCAACCGCACACCUUCGGGGAUUGAUCCACCUUCACUUGGGAGCGACCGAUCUUGCCAAAGAGGCGUUCAUGGAGGCCUUGACCAAGGAUGUGAAAUGCUUUGAGAGCUUUCAGGUGCUCGUGGGGAGCGAGAUGAUGACCAAUUCUGAAGGUGCGUUGGAGCCAAAGGGGACAGGAACACUAUUUCAAGGAACUGGCUCUGAUUUGAGUGGCGUCGACGAAUCUACUAUGCAGAAUGGGAGUUCAUACAAGGCUUGCCGUAUACUGCUCAAACCGAAGACGACGCCGACUUUAUUCAGUUAAUGUACACCGUGCGAUUGAAGAAGGUAGGCGAUGGGGACCCCAAUCGGCCGUCCUGCGCAUCGCUGAUACAGUUCUCGUCCGCUGCAGAUGACUCAUCAUGAGGAGAUGGCGAUGGCGCGGCAACGCCUCACACACGAGUUUGGUCUGGGCGAUGACCCCGAUGUCAUGUUCAGUCUCGUCGACGAGCUCUAUACCAGCCUCCGCUUCGCGGAAUGCUACAAGCUCACCUCAAAGUGCGUAGGGACUUUCGUCACGGUGAUGCACCUUAUUCUCGUUCACUCACUCAUGGUACUUCUUUUCCGCACAGGAUUUUAUCGAUUCACUCUUCCCAUCGACCGACAUUACCGAUACACCUCUCGUGCAUGCACCAUCUACCUCAUCUGCGGUCCAAGCUGUAUCUCUACGCUCAUCAUCUCGUCGAUAACGAGCCGGAUGAUUGCACAAGCUGGUAUGCCGUUGGGCUGUGGUACUUUUCCGGCAAGAGGUGGGAAGAGUCAAGGCGGUAUUUUGGGUACAUCUCUAUUCAACCCCAGCAGUGGUUUCGUGUGCGAGUAUGUGGUGACUGAUCUCUCUCUCUCUCGGGUUCAAUCUUGCGUCUUGCGCAGUAAAUCCGUCUUGCUCGACUCUCGCUUCGGACCCGCCUGGCUCGCUUUUGCGCAUUCCUACGCCUUCGAAGGCGAACACGACCAAGCCAUCACAGCCUACUCCACCGCCCUUCGUCAUUCCCAAGGCUCGCAUCUCCCCCUCCUCUUCAUCGGAAUGCAGCAUUUGGGCUUGAUGAAUCUGACUUUGGCGCAUGAGUACAUCUCCACUGCACGUAAGAUGUGCGAGGAGGAUCCCUUGGCGAAUAAUGAGUUGGGCGUGGCGUGCUUUCAUAUGGGGAGGUCAGUUUUGGGUCCUAGCGCUUUGUGCCGCGUUGGUUCAGAUCAACAUACUGAUAAAUGGCCUUUAUCCCUUUAGAUACGCCGAAGCGAUCAACCACUUCAAUUGCGCAUUGGUGCUCGCCGCAAGAGUGCAGGCCCCCCCGAGCGCAUGGGCAGCAACACAUCUCAACCUCGGGCAUACGUAUCGCAAGCUAGGGUGAGUCCCCGGUAGUUGAAUACACAGUUCAAGUACCCUUCUCUGACGUGUAACCAAACUGCGUUCGCUCAGCCGUCUCGCCGAAGCGCACACCUCCUUCCGUCUCGUCAUCUCCCUCGAACCUCGUUCCUCGUCCGCCUACGCCGCCCUAGGCAUGGUCGAACACCGACUCUCGCACUACCAAGAAGCCAUUGCCCGCUACCACGAAGCCUUAUCCAUCACACCGGGAGAUCCCGUGGUGUGUGAUCUGUUGAAUUUGGCAUUGGAGGAAGCGGCGGGGUUGAUUUCGAAAGGGCGGAUUGGGUUCCCUGGGUUAGGGGAGGGGACGCUGAGGGAUAUUGAUCGGAUGGUGGAGGAGUUGGAGAAGGAUGUCUUGUUGGGGAGAAGUCCGCAGAUUGGUGGGGUUGCGGAGGGGAUCGGAGGGGAGAUGAGGGUGGGGGAACUACGCAGGAGAGAUGGAGGUGGGAGAGAAGCGGAGAUGGGUUUGGGUUUGGAACAGGAUGAUGAAGAGGAGGAAGAGGAGGAGGAAGAGGAUGGUCUAGGUGAGGAUCAGGGUGAUGAGGAGUCGAUGGAUAUGUCCUAA